AUGAUGGGAUUAAUGGGUCAAUCGCUUUUCAAUCUCAAAAAGUUCUCUCGCUCCAUCAAUAACAUAACCGCCGUGAGAAGACACAUUUUUAGCACACAAGCCUCUCAGAGGGCAUAUGCAAUCGGAAAAGGCCGAGAGAAGGUAUCUUGGACAGCAGACCAUGAUACCGGAUACUACAGACCUGAAACCAUAGCAAAAGAGUUAGAUCCAUACAUGAUGACAACCUGUAAAAGUGAUGUCAAGAUGAGAAGAGGAGAAGAGUUAUGGUGGAUGCCUGAUCCGGAAACGGGAUUCUAUCGCCCGACAUUUGUGAGAGAGCUCGACCCGGUUGAGCUGCGGUCAAUACAUUUCAACGAGGAUAUCAAAACCUUAUGA